AUGAACAACACGGACAUCUUCUGCAAGUACGAGGAGCUCGGCGACUUCAGCAACACCUCAUGCUCGAACAGAAGUGCAUCAAUUUAUAAUGUUAUUGACAUUGCGUCUUUCAUGCAUAUUUUCCCAUCUGUAUACGGCAUUCUCUGCACAAUUGGGGUAGUUGCGAAUGGUUUGGUGAUAUACGCGGUGGCAACUUGUAAGAAAAAGAUGGUGUCCGACAUCUACGUGCUCAACUUGGCCAUCGCCGACAUGCUCUUUUUGUUAGUGAUGCCCUUCACCAUCCACCAGCUGGUCAGGGAUCGACAGUGGGUCUUCGGGAACGCAAUGUGUAAAGCUGUGAUGGUAGUGGAUGUCAGCAAUCAGUUCACAACUGUGGGAAUUGUAACAGUUCUGUGCAUUGACAGGUACGUAGCCAUCGUCCACCCCACCUCUGAGAAGAGGACCAUCCAGUGGACCAUGGUCAUCAACGGCAUGGUGUGGGUGGGCAGCUUCCUGCUGACCGUGCCAGUCAUGAUGUACACGCACACGGUCAAGAAGAAGCAGGUGGAGAUGUGCAUCAUGGACCUCCCGCAGGGCGCCCAGGACAUGUACUGGUACACCAUCUACCAGUCCACCUUCGGCUUCAUCAUCCCGCUCGUCAUCAUCAGCACCUUCUACUCCCUCACCCUCUACCACGUCUUCCGCUCCGUCCGCCGUGUCAAGCGCAAGCAGUCGGUGUGGGCCAAGCGGGCCACCAAGACCGUGCUGAUGGUCAUCGCCAUCUUCCUGGUGUGCUGGUCGCCUUACCACGUCAUCCAGGUCAUCAACCUGAGCAUCCGCUCGCCCACCAACACCUUCGUGUACGCCUACAACAUCAGCAUCUGCCUCUGCUACUCGCACAGCUGCAUCAACCCGCUCACGCUGCUCAUCUUUGCCCAGAACUACCGCGAGCGCAUCUGCCGGAGGAGGGACCUGCGCAGCGGCCAGCAGAGCUCCUCCAAGACCACCGUGGUCAAGGCCGACGGCUCCACUGUCACCGCCGAUACCAACUACCGCUGCGCGCUGGUUUAGCUUUAGCAGGGGGGGCCCGGACCUUCGGCCGCGGA